GCCUAAACAACAUAGAGGUUAACAGAAGUAACAAAACAAAUGACUGUUGCGUUGUGUUGUUUGUUCGGUCGAGAAUGUAAACAGAUAGAAACAAAUGAAGUAGAGUACCCCGAAAUCUAAACUUCUAGUUAGAACAAAACCACCCCUAAAGCAUCCCACACAAAAGCAGCACAAACUAUGAUUUGAGAAUCCGGCGCAACCAUGAGAGUUCUAGCGGUAGCCCGCCUUUGUUUCGCUUUGCUAGUAUUUCUUUCAGUAUUAUAUUUUUACUUUUAUCACACUGGUAUUGGAGUGAACUAUUCGGAAGGCAAAUCCACAAUAGAAAGCUCAUCAGUUGGUGCAAUCAAAAGAAUAUUCAACAGUAAUGGGCAUAAUAUUACAUUGGCUGUGGUUGCCUGUGGUGAUAGACUACAGGAAACACUCACAAUGUUAAAAUCAGCAAUAAUGUUAACAAAACAACAUAUUAAGAUCAUUAUUAUUACUGAGGACAACUUAAUAGAAAAUUUUAAUGAAAAGCUGGCACAAUGGCAGGAAACAACCAACAAUGCUUUUGGUUUUAAAGUAAUGCCACUCACAUUUCCUAAAGAUAACACACAGGAAUGGAGGAAACUAUUUAAACCAUGUGCUUCACAAAGACUUUUUCUACCAAAUGUUUUGAGUGAAAUUGAUUCCAUUUUAUACGUCGAUACCGACACACUGUUUUUAACACCGGUGGAAGAUGUGUGGGACCACUUUAAUCAGAUGAAUUCUAGUCAGAUGGCUGCGCUAGCGCCCGAACAUGAAGAUCCAAAUGUUGCAUGGUACAAUAGGUUUGCUAGGCAUCCCUAUUACGGUCCUUUAGGUGUUAAUUCGGGCGUGAUGUUGAUGAAUCUGACGAGAAUGCGUCAAUUUCAAUGGGUUGACUAUGUUAUACCAAUUUAUAAACGGUACAAGCUUAAAAUCACAUGGGGUGAUCAGGAUAUCAUCAAUAUUAUCUUUCAUUUUCAUCCAGAUAAAUUAUUCAUUUAUCCGUGCCGAUAUAACUUCAGGCCGGACCACUGCAUGUACAUGAGCGUCUGUAAGAGUGCCGAACGUGCUGGAGUCGCAGUGUUGCACGGCUCCAGGGGGUUCUUCCACUCUGAAAAACAGCCAGUGUUCUCAUCAAUAUACAGAGCAUUCGAAGAGUUUCAACUUGGAAAUGACAUAUAUGAAGAGUUUUUCAUGCCGCUGGAGAACUAUUUGGACCUCGCAGGUGAUUCAAACUGCGGGAAAAUACCCGGAAUAUAUCUCAAGAAUCUCAAAAACUUCAUUGAUAUUAAAGAUACGCUUUAAAUCUCUUAUUAAGUUCAAUAAAUAUCAGGAAACAAUCAAAAGUGGACACAAAGAUCAAAUAAUACACUUGAAACAUGACUGAAAAUUUGUAUUAUAUAACUAUUUUAUAUUGUAUAUUGAUUAAACUUAACAAGAAUCAUUUUAACUCUAAAAUUCGCAAAAUAAAAGCAAUAAAUUUUGUUUUACAACUUA